AUGACGACAACUUACACUCAGCUCGAUCUUGUUAGAAUUGGGUACUAUGAUCCCUUUGGUGUCUAUCCACAUAUACAAAAUGAUAUUGCCAAACGAUUUCCGUUGACCAAUCUCCACGUACGUCUCAAAUCAAAUCAACCGGUGAAGACAAUUUCCAAAUUAGAUGUUGAAUUUGUUGAAGAAGUGCCUAAGAAAGGGGAUUACCUCACUCAUAAUGAUAUCAAGACUUAUGUGCGUCUUAUAUUUGUUCAAGUUGAUACCUUGGACAAGUACCGAGGGCAAGUACGACCAUUAAUUCGAGAAUGGUUGAAAAAUUUAGUAUUGAAGACUAAUUGUUCGUGGAUGAUUGUAUUGUAUAUCCCACUGGAUGCGAAAGAUCGACUGUCUUCAAUAAUAAAGACUUCGUUUUUUGACAAAUUGCAGAAUGAUUUUGGAGUGGAGGGGAAGGAAUUGAAGACGAUUUUACCCAUGGGUGACCACAACAAGAGCGUUGUAGGGGACAGAGUGUUUAAAUUGAAACAAGUACUGGAAGAGGACACGUAUGCUUUAUUUAUGGUUCAGUUGAAAGCUUUACUUCUGAAUUCGUUCGUUGAUCGAUAUUGUACUUUCAAUGAAUUGAUACAUCAACGGAAACAUGACAGUAUCGAGCAAUUUGCUGCUAAGCUAGAACUAUACAAUUUAUUAAAAGAUAUGAAGUUGUUACAUGAUGCAUUGAUUGUUAAUGAAGAGUUGUUGGUUGAUUUGGACACACUUGUGACUCGUCAGAAAGACAAGUUCAAUCAUGAGUUACAAUUAACUUCAUCAUUGACUGAUUUCAACUUUGAUGAAUUUGUCAACGAAGAACAACUCAAACAACAACUAAUCAAUCUAGACAAGAUCAACUUAGUUCAAUUGAAAAGUCUCAUUUUCGUUAAUGAAUCAAAUAUCCUUCAAGAAUUGGCUCAUACUGCAGUAUCAAAUUCAAUUGCAUCAAAAUACAUUUCAAAAUUGUAUCAACGUCUCAUGUUGUUUCUUAACGAUUCACAUUUCAAUGAUAGUCAUGAGUUUGUGUAUUUGCUCAUUGAUUCAUAUUUGCAAAUCCCCAUUGUUCAGCAAUUGAUUGACCUGGUGAAUGAAUCUAAUGAUGAUGGGGGAAAUGAAGUGCCCUUGAUUGAUAUUUUAGAAAUGAGAGCUGAGUUGAAAUUGUUUAAACGUACAGUAAUUGGCAAGAUUGCCAAAUUGAACCACAUUGAAAUUGACGGGUUACGUGGUGAUACAUUUGAAGAAGUGACUCUAGAUGAAGAAGAACUGAAACCGACUAAGCUUACUUUAAAAAACCCACACUUGAUGGAUAUUGUCAAAGAUGAAAAAUCUUAUGUUGAUCAUUACUUCAACUUGACUGAGGAUAUAAUUGGCGAUUUCGUUAAAUGUAAUAGAGUCAAAUCGAUAGAUAUCUUAUCGCUAGAUCUAGCAAUUCUCAAUUACAAUCAGGGAAACUACCAAGAAUGUUUAGAUACGUUACAAAAUUCUUAUGAUUAUUUCAUUAUCAAUAGCUGGAACUUUUUGGGAGGUAUCUUAUUGGAAAUAUAUCUUGGAUGUGUCGAGCAAUUAAAGAACAACAGUGGUGAAGAAAUUUUGAAAACUUGUUUGAAUUUACUUGCUUGUUUGGUUAAAAAGACUGAUUCAGUGGGGAUAAAUUCGUAUAAGUUGGUAACGGAUAAAAAACAUGUUGCUCAACUUUUCACCAAAAUUGAUGAGGGUAGCGGAAGUUUGGAUGGAUCGUUGGAGUAUCCGUUGUUGGAUUUCUUCAAAGCUAGAGUGAAACUGUAUGUAAAUGAAGAUGAGUCUACAAAUAAUGAUGUUUAUUAUAUCGAGGUUGAGGUUGUCAAUUUGUUUAAUGUACCGUUGAAGUUUUCAUCAAUAGAAACUAUAUUGAUUGAUGAAGCGAAAACGGAGCUAGCAUUCAAAGCUAAUAAGGUUGAGUUAUCGGCAUCAUCUGAUACACAAACUUUUAAGCUCUAUACACGAGAUAUCAAGUUUGGGUUAUUUUCAACUCAUCGAUUGACAAUGUCGCUUAACGAAAAAUUAUCAUUUUGUUAUGAUUAUUCCAACGACGAAGUGGACGUGGGCCCCGACAAUUCAAUUUUCAAUGAUACUGUCGUUGAGUAUAAGAAUCCAACUAAAUCGAAUCCAUCUUCAUCAAGUGAUAUAUUGACGUUUCAAAGUAUUAAUAAAUUCCAAGCACAAUUUUUCACAUCAAAAGUAAUUGAAUUGGGCACUACUGAGGUAUCAUUGAUGUUGAAGAAUGGAUCUAAGGGUUUAUCAAAUGUGGAGAUCCAACUCAGCUCCAUCACCGAUGGAGUACGACUUUCACAACCUCGAUUAGUGCUUGAUAAACUCAAUGCAAAAGAGGAGCAUGUACUUCAAAUCCCUUACACUUAUUUCAAUGAUCAAAAAUUGAUCAAUAUGCAAGCCCAUAUAAGGUAUUAUGUUGAUGAAAUAAAGUACACGGCUCAAGUGUCGUACAAUGUUGAUACAAGAUUGAGUAUUUCGGUGUCAGUACAAGAUGUGUUCAAGACUGAUUUUUUCUAUUCCAAAUUCCAAGUUGGAACCGUUGAUGCAAAAUUGCCCAUUCGUUUGGUACUGAACGAAUUGCAGAGUUAUGAUUAUGAAAUUAAACUGCCAAGUGGUGAGUUGCGUAACUUGGUUGCUUUUGGUGAACAACCAAUUACAUUCUUCUACAAGAUUAAUCCUAAAAAAGGACAUUUGAUUGACGAUGAAGAUAAAUUGGAUUUAUCAUUAAGUUAUACUAAUUUGAAAGAUGAGUGUGAACAACAAUUGGAUGACAAGAUUUGGCAAUCAUUACAGGAAUUGCGGUUGUUAAAGUAUUGGUAUUUGGUUAAAGAAACGAUCUUGUCCAAAGUACAAUUUGAUUUGAACAAGUAUGGAGUGCAGAAUGUAUUGAAGAUUGUAAAUGUGAAUUAUAUCCAGUCAUUUGCAGAUAGAAUCAUUUGUCGAUAUGUUGUGCAGACGCAAGACCAAGUACAAUUGCAUAAAUUAUUUUUAAGUCUCAAUGAUGAUAAAUUUGCUACGCAACACAUCAAUUUUGACAAAAUUGAACAUCAAUUAAAAAUCAAAGUGGCAGUGCCAGUUUUAAAGUAUCUCCAUGUUGUCGAAUACAAAUACGAGAAGAAAACCCAUACAGUUGGAGAACCAAUUCCAAUCACUUUACAUAUCAAAACAGUAACCAACUGGUCAGAUAGUUCAAAGAAACCAGUAUUGGCAGUCUCAUCACCAACAAGAACCACUAAUGAAGCUGCCGCUGCUGAAACUAACAAUGAUGAAUUUAUUUCACCACCAUUGAAAGGAGAAAGAUUCCAAGCUGUGGUUCAACCAGAUGAUAGUUGGCUAAUAUCUGGAUUCAAAAAACAAGCCAUCAGUUUAGAAGAUUCAUUUGAAACUAGCUUGGUUCUUAUUCCAUUACAUGUGGGCAAAUUGUCCUUGCCUAAAAUUAUGAUUAAUCCAAUUGAAGGAACUGGAACUGUGCGGGGCGGCAAUUCUGAUGUUGAAUUUGUUAAUGGGUGUGAGACGAUAAUGAGUGUUCCUGAUGUUCGAAAUAUACAAUUUUCAUUUUAG